CCCCCGCCCCCGCCCCCGCGCCCGCCCCCUUUUAAUAAACCUGCAGCUCGGUGUGUAAGUGUGUGAGUUAGCGAGUGUGAGAUUGGGAGGCGCACGAUGAAUCCCGCUUCCGUACCCCCUCCUCUGCCGCCCCCGGGGCAGCAGGUCAUCCAUGUCACCCAGGACCUCGACACUGAUCUCGAAGCGCUCUUCAACUCCGUGAUGAACCCCAAGCCGAGCUCUUGGAGGAAGAAGAUCCUGCCCGAGUCAUUCUUCAAGGAGCCCGACUCCGGCUCGCAUUCCCGGCAGUCCAGCACCGACUCGUCCGGCAGCCACCCGGCGCGGCUGAGCGGCGGCGGCGGCGGCGGCGGUGGCGGCGUCGGCGUCGGCGUCGCCGGGGGUGCCCAGCACGUCCGCUCGCACUCGUCGCCCGCCUCCCUGCAGCUGGGUACCGGGGCCGGGGCGGCGGCCAGCGCGGCGCAGCAGCACGCGCACCUCCGCCAGCAGUCCUACGACGUGACCGAUGAGCUGCCGCUACCUCCCGGUUGGGAGAUGACCUUCACCGCCACCGGCCAGCGGUACUUUCUCAAUCACAUAGAAAAAAUCACCACAUGGCAAGACCCUCGGAAGACAAUGACUCAACCUUUAAACCACAUGGCCCUCCACCCUGCUACAACUUCGACCCCAAUGCCCCAGAGAUCAAUGGCAAUGUCUCAGCCCAACCUUGUGAUGAACCACCAGCACCAGCAGCAGAUGGCAUCUAACACCACUCUGUCCCAGCAGAACCACCCAGCCCCAAACCCACAGGCGGGCUUGAUGAGUUUGCCCAAUGCCCUGACCACCCAGCAACAGCAGCAGCAAAAACUACGCCUCCAGAGGAUCCAGAUGGAAAGAGAAAGAAUCCGAAUGCGCCAGGAGGAACUCAUGAGACAGGAAGCCGCUCUGUGUCGACAACUUCCUAUGGAAUCGGAGACAAUGGCCUCUGUUCAGGCUUCUGGGAACACACCUGCCAUGGCCCAGGAAAUCAGACCAAUAACAAAUAAUAGUUCGGAUCCUUUUCUCAAUGGCGGACCGUACCAUUCCAGGGAGCAGAGUACAGACAGUGGCCUUGGCUUAGGAUGCUACAGCAUCCCGACAACUCCUGAAGAUUUCCUCGGCAACGUAGACGAGAUGGACACAGGGGAAAACGUAGGACAGACACCGAUGACUCUAACUGCCCAGCAGACCCGUUUCCCAGACUUCCUUGACUGUCUUCCUGGAACAAAUGUUGACCUUGGGACUUUGGAGUCAGACGACCUGAUCCCGAUCUUCAACGACGUGGAGUCUGUCCUUAACAAAAGUGAGCCCUUCCUGACCUGGCUGUAAUCUGAGCUCUUGGCUUUGGCUCAGCUCAUCCCCCGCAUCCUCCAUUUCCUUCUCCUCUUUGGAAAAGAGAUGGAGCCCAGAAAGUGCUCAAGAUUUCCAAUGACUCUUUUACAUCGAUGUGGUCAGUUGAAAUUGUUGUCUGGAUUUGAUUGACAAGAACUUAAGUCUAAUUAUAUAAAUGUAUAUUUUCUCUUUACUUUUAAACUGUAUCUGUUUGCUACAACAUACUGGCUGAGGCAUGCCUGUAGCCCAGAUUUCAGGGAGAAAUUGCAGAAUUGUUUUAUCUUUUCUCUCUUUUCAUUGGCCCAUGAAGAAACUUGUGGGUGUUAGUUUAAAUUAAAAGCCAAUAAACAAGAAAAAAACAGAGUUUGAUGUGACGGCUUCAGCCAGGAUCCCUGCACCAGAUUAGUCCCAAAGUGCAGGUCAGUAGCUAUAUUUAUGACAAUAGUACCAAAUGCUUUACAAAAGUAAAAAAAAUAAAACUCUAUUUAACUUGAGCUUUCAAGAAAUCAUUGUAUUGUUAGUCAAAUAGUACUGUAUGGAAUGCAGAGUAGCUUCGAACCCAUGCUGGCUAUGAUAAUAAUUAUUAUUAUCCUAUAUUUGCAAAGGCACAGACAGUACUGUUAUAGUUUAUCCUCCAGUAUAUUACUGUAUAGCUUCCAGAUAAUGAACAAUUCCAGUUUCAAAGGUAGCAGAUUGUCUAGUAACUGUUUUAUUCUAAAGAUGCCAUAAAAGAGACCACAUUGGUACUAACCACCACCACCGCCACUAGAAAAACAAACUAGUGGAAUGAAACGACAUGCAAUUAUAAUAAAAUGCAACUCAGAUUUUGAUGUUUAUUUUUAUUAAGCACUCACUGUAAUUUUGUAACCGAUUAUAAUUAGCAACAGAAUUUUUUUUUUUUUUUGCUAUCUGUGGCAACUGUUUUUUUUUUAUUUUGAGAGAUUAAUCCUAAAAUAUAUCAGGGUAGAAAAGUGUGGCACAAUAUACAACUUGGCUAUAGAAUGCCUUUUUUUUUUUUAAGCCUUGUGGGUCUUGUUACCAAGACAAUAACGAAUUGAAACAGACAGUAUCGAUGAAACUGUAAUCGGGAAAGAACCGAUAGCUGAAUGACCUGUAAACAAAUGCCUGCUUUAUGGGGAGAGUACAUGGUGGAGGCAAAUGUUUCUGAAUUCAGUCAAACUAUUCCCUGUCUGCUAAUUCUAUUAUCCAAACCUUUUUGCUUGCUACCAUUGGUAUAAAAGGCAUGAUAUCACAUAUACUCAAUACCUCUCAUGUAAUCAAGAGAAAUUUCUUUUUGAGAUGUUUAGGACUGAGAGUGCAUAAAGUAUAGCUAGCAUUCAGCGCCCCAAAUAUGCCAAUGACGUCCUCAAAUGUUUUAAUAUUUUUGAACUGUCAUUAUUUAUAAUCUAUGAAUUUAAUCUGUUUUUUUUUUUAAAUUUAACAAAAUGCAUUACUUUUUAAAGGCAUUAUUAUUAAUUCCAGUCUCUGAGCUAGGACUUUUCAGCUUCUAGCAAAGAAAGGAGGCUGAUCACUCAUUUAAGUGUUUAUUUGUUCAGGGUCUGUUAACUCAGAUUCUUUCUUAUGUAUUAGAUACAAGAAGUACAGACUAUCUUUUAUCUUGUUGGGAAGAAAGCAGGUAAAAAGGUCAGAGUUCAAGUAGCAAUGUUAUGGAAAAAAUAUGGAAAGGUUGAAAGUCAGGAAAUGGAUAGGGACAGACAUGUAAUCAUGCCCCAGAGGUGAGAAGACCUUCUUGUGAUAGGUGCCCAAAUAGAAAAUGUCAACAGAGUUUUAUGAAAAUGGUUUUCUAUGAUAACUUUUAUACCAAAAGAUUUUUCCAUUAUAUUUAAAAAAAAAAGAAAAACAAACUACUUUGGUGCACU